CCUAAUCCAGGUCCGAAACGUUCGAUCCAGUACCGCCUCACUCGCCCACACUUGUUUAUCGUGUCACGGUUCUACUGGCUCCGUUCCCCGUCAAACGUGUAGUAUAUUGCCGCAUGAUAACCACCGAACCAUCGCUCCCCCAUGUCGUCAUCCCCGAAAGAAGAGUCUAUGUCCCCGGAACUGCCCACGGGUAUACAAGAGAUCUCCGGGGAAUAUGCUACGGGCACCCUCUUCACCUCUGGCCUGUCCAAGGGCCCAUCCACGAGCACAACGACGAGCAAUGUACGCAACAAAAUAUCCUCUGCAGAUGCCGAAGAACAAUCCCCUGCGGCGUCCAGGCCUGCAAUCAAUCCCAGGAUCGCCCUCAUCACUGCCGCACUCAUGGGACAUUCAAUCUACAAAUCUAAAAUCUUGCGACUGUGCAUGGCUCUCUCUGGAAUAUCGAUCGUGACGGCAGCUUUAGCCUUUAUCGCCGUCAAGUACAUGAAGGACAGCGUCAAGCCUAACGUAGAUUCCAAUACUGAGGUGCGUAACGAGACUACCACCGCAGGAAACAUCGAAUCCACCCGUGGGAACCGAAGCAACGCAUCUCUUCCGCUCGCAAUCUUCAACCAGAUGGAACAUGGGGAGACGGGCUGCCUCUGCGAAAGACACUACACACAGAGGCUGCAAACUUUUUUGAAGCAUCAUUUCUUUUGGAUGCUGGUGGUGGUGGUGGUGGUGACGUAAACCGGCUUGCCGUUGUUGGCCUCACGAAUGUGGGCUGCGUCACGACUGUACCCAGGAUGAGCUGAGAUGAUGUGAUAACAGAUGAAGGAAUGAUGACGUGCGAAAGGCGGACGGAUGUUAACUAUUGCAGGCACAUAACCAGGACCAGUCACUGACAUCGCUUCUGCAUAGUAUAAGCACAGAUCUUCUGGAGAUCCUUUCUUAAAAAUUAUCUUUUAUGAAUUCAUUUCAUCACAGCAACUUUGUAUUUGUGAGCUUUUUGUUUAUAUUCAGACAAUAUAGGCUACUACGUGGUUCCACAAGGAUGACUUUUUUCAUAGAAGCGUGCACUCUCGAUAUCCUGCUCAUUUAGUUGCCAAGGUCACACGAGAAGAUAAGUGAGCAAUGGCGCACAAGGGAAAAAAAUGCUUGCACAAGAGAAGUUGCUCAGUCGACAACCGCUUAUGCCAUUGUGGCGUCGUUGCGACCACGGCGGCCAAGGGAUUUACACGGUGUGACAUCUGAAGGCGCGCCCUCUCUCACGGCGAGGGUGGUGGUGGUGGACCUGAUUUCCAUGGUUAGCAACACUCAGGGGACGUCACGACUAUCGCAGAGGGGAGCGUGCAUCCUGGGACGACUUCACAGGGAGCUGUGCUGACAUUCGUUGUGAAGCAUCUCAGGAAUUCAACCAACUCAGGAAAAUAGGUAUUUUCCCUAAGAUAUUCAAUUCGUUAAUUUCUGGGCGUUUGAGGCUUACGUGUCUGAGACGUCCCUAAUUGCGAUCUACCUCGGCCAAUUCUUGUUGAUUAUAUCUAAGCAAUAUGAUUGCUAGAGGUAUAUGAUUCUAAGUUAUAUGAUUAUAUCAGGCAAAACCCCAGGAAAGCAGAGCCGGCGCCCGGAUUCGAACCUGGGUCGCCUCAGAGUCUCAGUGUGGAAUGCCAUCAUUGUAGGAAGUUAACUAGGCCACUGGACCUGGCCGUGGGAUAUCUCUCACGGCAGUUUUUAGCCGCGCUUGAACACGUGAUCUAAAAGUCGAUCUCCAUUUGUCAGUUGAGUCUGGGGCUGUCUAGGCCUCAGAACUAGACCCCAGAAAUAGAGAUACCCUGAUGUGCUGUUCGUGUAAUUAGAAAAGAAUACCCAUAAUAAUCAUAUCAAUAACGAGAGGAUAUAGAGGUAGCAAGCGAGCUGCUGGUAUAGAUCCAUAACUUAAACCUCAACUAUAACUUCGUUUUUUGUCCCCUGGUCUCUGGUUUUUAAGUUAUGAAUCAUAUCAAGGAUAUCUUUGUUAGCAUUUCUAUGUUUCAACUGGGUUCAGGGCUCGGUGUCACCAACGCAAGUUAACAGUUGAACUAAGAUUAGACGUCUCUAAACAUGGUGUGUGUGUUACCAACGGCUCUGUGACCCUGAGGGAAAUCUCGCUAUUCAGCUUUGGUGCAAUCGUGUUGACGAUUAACAACAAGUUUAGGGAAGACUGAUCUCGGUUAAAGUGUCAACUCAAGUUGGUGGAACUGAGCCAAUACUAUGUAUCUUCACUCCAAAGUGUAGUAGGUAUAAUUUACAUAUUUAUUAGUAGGACCUGACUCUCGAGUUGAAUCUGAAUCCUCCAGAUUAUUCCUUCCAAUAUGUUUUGGACCAGUUCGACUUAAAUCAUAUCCCCCCCCCCCGAAUUCCAAUCAUAUUUCAUACUAUUUUGUAGUAUUCUGUAUGCACGCCUGACGCAAAUUUUAUUUGACGAACAAUAUGAAGCACAUCUGAUGCUGAUUUGAGGGAACAAAUCGGAUUUAAAUCAAAUCCGCAGUUUGCAGAGUGUGCUAAAUCAAAUCCAGUCAAGGCUUAAAAAUGUCGGACGAUCUCCCCUGACAAAUCCGUGAG